UGUCCAUCUGAGGAACGGGGGUCCCCAUCUGCUAAACUGCCACUUCAGUUGAGAUAAAAUGGGCAGACAGACAACGUGACAAUUUUCACUGCUUUGGCCCAAUGGUAUUUCAAGAAUUGACAAGCACCACAUGCACCUUUUGAUUCGUAAGUACCUGUGUCUCUGACUUGCGCUUUCCCGUUCGUCAACAUCGAAAUUCGAAGUAGAAGUCGCCAGAUUGAGGUGGUUCCUGACAGGAGACUUUCUCUACAUUGCGUCAUAGCUCUCCUGUAAGAGGAUAGCUUCCUCGCAUGUCGGACUGGGACCCGCCCCGAGGUUACUUCUCACCAUUCGCAUCGCAUGUUCCAGACGAACCGUUGCAAUUUACUUAUAAACACAACACUCGCAAUUAUCGCGUCUCGUGCCUUUCUUGCACUUCUAGUCAAUUUCCCACAGGCUAUAUAACUGAAAUCGGCCACAAUGACAACCUUCAUCCCGGCCCUGACCUUACCCCACCAGGUCUUCGAGAAUGCCGCCGCCUCGAUCCUGCUCCCCAUCGCUCUCGGCACGGCCGUCGGCUUCUCUUCGCGGCCCAAGGAUACUAAGAAGACCUAUGCCGCCAUCAAGAACCCUCCCGGCCGCCCUCCCGCGUGGGUAUUUGGUCCAGCAUGGACUCUCCUUUACGGACUAAUGGGCUACUCCGCCUACCGCGCCUUCCACACAGGCCUCUCCCCAACCUCCACCCUCUCCCAAAUCGCCGACACAAAACACGGCGCGACCCUCUACACGAUCCAGCUCGGCCUCAACCUCAUCUGGAUGCCCCUCUUCUUCCUCCUCAAGCGCCCCGUCGCCGCCACCGUCGACAUCCUCGCCCUCCUCGGCAUAAACUCCUACCUCGCCUACCUCUGGGGCUCCGUCGACGCCGUCGCCGGCGCCUGCCUCGUCCCCUACCUCGGCUGGCUCUCCUUUGCGACCUACCUCUGCGCUGGGGCCGGCUACCUCAACGACUGGGACCUCAAGGGCGCCGAGGCGCGGUACGAGGCCGAACAGGCCGCCAAGGCUGGGAAGAAGCAGUAGUGUUGCGAUUGUUACCGCUGUCGUGCGGGCGCUUGUGACUCGUGCAAUGGUCUAGAGAAGGAAGAAGAGGAGGAGUGGACUUGGUGGGCGUAUCUGCGUGCUAUGGCGUUCUAGUUGGUAUUGGCUGGCUUAUUCCUUACGUUGAGCGUUUAUUAGGAAAAGAAAUUCGAUAUCCAGGCUUCCAAGAACAAAUGCUCGACAUGUGAACUGAAAACCAUUAAGCAGGUAGACAAUAUCAGGCCAUAUUCUUGAAGAUAAGAGGCACAUAAGUGUCACAGAUCAAAGCAGCAUGGAAUCUUACGAGAAAACGGAAUCCUUAGGUAAGGCUGGUCGACAUAAGUCUCAGCAGCUGUUGAAUAAAGCAUACCGAGUCUCUUUACUUUUCUUUGAUCAUCACAGCCACCAAGUCGCAAAUAUUGCGCGAUAACUUGGUCGAACCAGUAAUGGUCUCCAAAGGGGAACCCCCCGAAUGAAAGACAGAUCGGGCAAAGAAGGAACA